GCAGGCUCAGAGAUGCUGUGAGCGCGAGACCACAGCAUCUUUCAGUCACACGAUCCGGAAAAAGCACGCAUCUCCGUCAAAGCCCGUAUCCGCACACACACACACACGCACACACACACACACACGCACCAUCCUCCUCCUCUCCGGACCUGACAGACAAACCGAACCCCAAGAGCUAAGGAGCGCUUCAGAAGCAGCGUUUUUCGUUUCGCCUCCUUUUCUUUCUCCUAAAAUAUCCGACACGUUUCUUGUCUAAUCUUUUUUUUUUUUUUUUUUUUUUUUUUUUUGGGGGGGAGGACUAAAACCAUUUCUCCUGUCUAUGAGGAGACCAGCAUUACAGAAGCCAAAGCAAAGCUUGAUAAGUUAUAAGAGGGAAUAAGAGCUCACCAUUUCCCCCGGACAGCCUGCCAGAACAACAUCCUGCUCCAUAAACGUUCAUGUGAAUCCUUCAGUCGCGCAUCGUUUGGCGAGCAGGGAUCAGUGCGCUCUGGCACUGUGUUUCUCAAGGAACUUAACGCGCAUUUGUAACGAAGCACACGACUCAAACCUCAAACCUCUGUUUUUAUCCCAGCCUCAGAUUUGGAGAACAGGAUCGCAUUCGACACGCUUCGUGCGACGGAGAACAGCGGCGGAGUUUCGGCGUCCGUGAGAAAAUGAUGGCCGGCGGGGCAGUGCAGCAAAACGGCAUUUUCUCCAAUCCGCACCACCACAAUCAGCAGCCACACAUGGAGUCGGACCCGCCAGACUCCCGCAAGAGACCGCUGGAGACGCCGACCGAAGCGAGCAGCACCAAGCGCACCAACACAGGGGAAGAAGGCGAGUACUUCUUGAAAGUGCUGAUACCCAGCUACGCUGCAGGCUCUAUUAUUGGCAAGGGAGGCCAGACUAUUGUGCAGCUACAGAAAGAGACAGGUGCCACCAUCAAGCUGUCCAAAUCCAAAGACUUCUACCCAGGAACGACUGAGCGAGUGUGUUUGAUACAGGGCACUGUGGAGGCUCUUAACAGUGUCCAUGAUUUCAUAGCUGAAAAGGUCCGGGAGAUGCCUCAGAGUGCAGCCAAAACAGAGCCAGUCAGCAUACUUCAGCCACAGACCACGGUCAACCCAGACCGCAUCAAACAGGCCAAGCUGAUUGUGCCCAACAGCACAGCAGGGCUGAUCAUCGGUAAAGGCGGUGCUACAGUGAAGGCAGUUAUGGAGCAGUCAGGUGCAUGGGUGCAGCUUUCUCAGAAACCAGAGGGUAUAAACCUGCAAGAACGUGUUGUCACCAUCAGUGGGGAACCUGAGCAGAACCGCAAAGCUGUUGAGAUAAUAGUACAAAAAAUCCAGGAGGAUCCACAGAGCAGCAGCUGCCUUAACAUCAGCUACUCCAAUGUCACAGGCCCUGUGGCCAACUCCAACCCAACAGGCUCACCGUAUGCUAACUCGGCAGAGGUGAUGCCCGCUGCAGCUGCUGCGGCUGCCGCCACAGCCUCCAGCCUCUUGGGGCAGGCCAGUCUGGCAGGGGUGGGUGCCUUUCCCACUGCUGCCAUGUCAAGCUUCUCAGGAAAUGACCUCCUGGCCAUCACGUCAGCUCUUAACACAUUGGCUAGCUAUGGAUAUAACACCAAUUCCCUGGGUCUUGGGCUCAAUCCGGCUGCUGCCUCAGGAGUCCUAGCAGCUGUGGCAGCCAGUGCAAACCCUGCAGCUGCUGCAGCAGCCAACCUGCUUGCCUCCUAUGCCAACGACGCUUCUACCAGUACCGGCCACCCUGCCACCGGCCUUGGCGGAUUUACUUUGGGCUCGCUGGCCGCUGCCACUGGGGCUACCAAUGGGUACCUGAGCGCGGCUUCCCCACUAGUAGCAAGUUCAUUAUUGGCCACCGAGAAGCUGGCUGAGGGUGCAAAGGAUGUAGUGGAGAUCGCCGUACCUGAGAACUUGGUGGGAGCUAUCUUGGGCAAAGGUGGCAAAACACUUGUGGAGUACCAGGAACUGACGGGAGCCCGAAUCCAGAUCUCGAAAAAGGGAGAAUUUGUUCCUGGCACUAGGAACCGAAAAGUCACCAUCACAGGAUCACCUGCUGCCACACAGGCAGCCCAGUAUCUCAUCAGCCAGCGAAUCACAUACGAGCAGGGUGUGAGGGCCACCAAUCCGCAGAAGGUGGGCUAAAACAGGGAGAAAGAAGGAGUGGGGGAUGGAUGGAAAGAUACAGAGAAAGAGAAAGGAGGGCAAACGUUUUGAAGGAAAUCAUCCACUAUGUGCAUAUACUUGCAUAUUUCAGUAUUAAAAAAAAAAAAGGAAAAUAGUCCACCUUGCAAGAAAAGGAAUGAGUAAAAAUAUGAAAACAAAGAAAAAAACAUGUAAAAUGUAUAUAUGGGUUUAUUUCUUAAGUUUUCAUCUUUCAGGAUUUUUUAUUGGUUAAAAAUUUGAUUUAGCUUUUUUCAGUUAAAUUUUUUAGUUUAUUUUUUCUGGACAGUGGUGAAUGGUAUUUCAGACUGGCAUGCUUGCUGCAACUACAGUACCAGCAGGUGGCGGGGUUGGGGGAGGACAGGGUGAAGCAGUUGGACUUAAGCCUACCUGGAAUCAGCCCUGUACCCAUUGCCAGUCCCUUCCUAGCCGACAAGAUUAUUAUUAUUUUUAUUUUAUUUUAUUUUUAUUAUUUUUUUAACUCCUUAGUUUAAUUGCCUACCCCUAUUUCUGUGUAUGAGGGCCUGAUGCGAUGGCAAACAAGUGCUUGGGUUUUAGACUUAGGGCAGUUUCCCCAAUGUGGUUAGUGGUGCUCCAUGCCACCUUACCUAUCGUCAUUGUCCUCAAUAGUUCCAACCAGCCCAGCCAGCCCAAUCCCUGAACGGCAGGCUGGGAUUGGGGCAGUGUGGGGAAGCUGAUUAGGGUCUCUCCUUCUAGCUACUAGCUAAAAACCUGGAGUUUUUUAAAAACUUAUCUUUAAACCAGGUGCAUGCCAUGCAAUGCUAUUACAGAUUUAGCUAGCAUAAGGGACAUUUAUAGAUCUGGUUGGGGACAUAGGCCAAGCAAAAUGCACCUACUUGGGUCAAAUUAGUACCAGAGCAAACAGACAAUGUGGCGAUAUGCGUCUGGUAUUAAUCGAAAAACUAUUAUUAUUAGUAGUAGUUCUACUCUACAAAAAUCCUCACCAUUGAUAUUAUUUAUUAAUAUAAUUUCACCCACGAGGACUGAGGUGUUUUAAUUUUUUUUUUUAUUAAUCUGUGAAUUCAGGUUGACAUGAAUGUAAAGACAAUAUUUUGGAUUUAGUUUUUUAUUUAAGUGAAUUGAAUAGUAUGUCACAGUGUAAUAUAUGUCUUAUUUAAAGUCCAGUGACAACUGCACCGUCGGCACCAUCAGAGAGAAUAGCAGCAGGUAUAAAGUACUGUACGUUAAAAUGAAUACAUGGAACACACACAUGCACGCAUACACACAUAGGCACAUACAUUAAAAAGGGAACCAUGUCUGACUUAAGGGUAGACAAAUCAGUGAAACUGACAAUUCACAUAUACUCAUGUCUAAUUAUAAAUUAUAAAUAUUGCACAAUUUGAAGGGAUUGUACCGAUAACAAGAACAAAUUUAGUAAUGAGAUCAAAUCCCUUAUGUCUUGAAAUCUGAUGUAACUUUCAAAUAUGUCCUCUUUUCAUUAUUAGAAAAUGUGGUGCAAUUAUAUAUUUAAUUUCCGCAAGCUAAGUGACAACAUCUGCUCAAGUUUCAUUUGUCACUGGCUACGGACAAAUUGUGUAGCUGUAUCAUAUAUCAAACAGAAAUAUCUCUGUUUUUGGACAUAUACUACUGAACAACUAUAAAUAUGAACAAAACUUUAGUUCUGAUGAGCACCGGGAUACCAUUUAUUAUGCCAUUGCCCUUCUCAUGUCCACAAUUUCAUGGUGGCAAGGACAUUUUUUCAGUCAUUUGGUUAUGGAUUAAGUCAUUACAGCGGGUACCAUUAGUUUUGGACACUCUUUUGAAUUUAUAAAAUCUCUCUGUACUCAUCAGAACUACCUAUGUGCUGCUAAACAGUCCAAUAGACAAACUUUUGUUGUUAGAAUACACUGAAUUUCGUCUUAAUGCACUGUGAAGUGUGGAGGCCAUGCUUAAAGGCCCAGAAGUGAAGGUUCAAUGUAAAAAAAAAAAAACAUAUCGGAAAGUGGAUUUUUUUUCAAGAAGUGUAGAGUAUCAGAAGAAAACAGCCUAGAACAGACUGGUUUGCUACACACAGAAAACAUCUUAACUAAGGAUGAAGAACCAGUUUCUUUGGGUAUCAUCAUGCUACUAUAUCAGCCUUUCAGUUCCCAAUUCCUUUUAGUUCUUCCUCUAAAUUACCACAUUUAGAAUUAAUGGUGCCUGCUGCCAUAUUUAAUGUUAACGAUGGGAAGAAAAUUCCACGUCCAGCUUAAAUGACCCAUCAUCUUUCUGGUUUCAUUCCAAAAAUUUAAUUGAAGUUCAUCUGAAGGAGAUUUUCAAGCAGUUAAAAAAUGACCUUUUACUUUACCAAUAGACUGGAGGAACAAAAGAAGCAGAACAAAACAUUGAGACCCAGAGCAGAAUCUAGACAGCAGUGUGCUCUCUCUUCACUGACUAAAUAUACAAUUGUCUUCCUCUCAAUUUCUCAAUUUGGAACGCCAGGGAGAGUAAAUCUGAACCGAUUGGUAAGGAGACUUCUUUAUUCCCAUCUAACACCAUCAACCUUUCCUCACCUCUUCUCAACCCCUCUUUACUUCCGUGCACCUCCCAUUUUGACACAUCAACCCAGAGACCCCCUUCUCUCACAUCUCUCCAUGGGUGGCAAUGUCUGGUGCUAAAGUGCAUGUUUGCUUGCCCUUUCACAAAACAAUGACUCGACAGAAGAGAAGAUGUGACCUAGGUGUUGCUGUGUAGAGAGGAAAUGCUUACACUAGACUUCACUGCAGGGCCACGAUUUGAAAAAGAGACUGUGUGUAGCGCUCUAGUAGGAAACCUUGCUGGUUUUACUAUUUAGGGUAAAUGCAGUUAGCGUAAAGCCUUCAGGAGAAGCUAUGGCUUCAGCUGACAAGGAAUAGUUUUGCAUCUUGUUAAACACACUUAUGUCGCUAGUUACUAAUUAUGCUAGCGGCUGCAGUAGACAGUAGUGUUGGUGUUUUCCAAAUGACUGAAGGCAAAGAUGAUUUGUGGCUGCCAUAUUUUCCAGUAAAGAGCGGCAAAAGUUGAGAAAAUUGGUGCCUCCGCAUUUUAGAGUGCAUAUGCCUCCCACACAUAGAAUUAUAUACAUGUGCACUGACGAACACAUUGACGUCUUAUGUCACACAUCAUGGCCACCACAAAAAACAUACACGCACCCACAACUGCACUUACACAGACACUGACAUUUUUUUGCAGGAAAAAAAGAGGAUAAGGAAGAUUUAUUAAUUGCAGAGAAAUUUGAUCAGUAACACAGAAAAGGAAGAUAUUACUGUGAAAUUUUAAUGUGAACACUAAGAACAGGUGCCAUCAUAGUGUGCCUAGGAGCAGCUUCCUGUUUGCGUUUUUGUUUUUCUUUAUUUCAGUACUUAAAAUGCAUAUUCUGGGGGGCGUCUGCAUUUUUCUGUUGUUGGUAACUGGGGAACUAGAUAAAAUGUGAUCAGUACUGGAAGCAAUAUACGUAGUAGCAUGUCGUCCUGUCUCGUCUUUUAUUCUGUCUGUGUAGGAGCUUUCAAUUUAUCUAGGUGUUGAGUAGGUUUGCAUAUUUAAUAUUUUUUAAGUUGUGAAGAUGCUGCUAUUGAAGUGACGUACUAAAAUUUAAGAUAAACAUAUCUGGUCAGUCGUUUAGCGAGGUGUGCUAGUUCUAAGAGGUGUAAUAAAUGCUACAUGAUAAGAUAAUUGCUAUAUUAAACAGAAUACAUGAACGUGCCAAAAUAGAUCUUUACAGAUUCAGCAACUGUAAAUGUGUGAUUUAAACACCUUUAGCUACAAGCAGACUUACUUUUAUAAGUUAAAAAAAUGUGAAAAGUGCCAAACAAACCACAGUUAAGGUAUAACUAGCAAAGUGGCCGUUUCUAAAAGUAGUAGGAACAAAGUAGAUGUUAGUGCUAUUAAGUUAAAAGGUUUUCGGCCCCUCAUGAACUAAUACAAGAGGAAAGUGUGAUGAGGGAAUCAUCUUGCUCACCUGACAAAUGCAUAUAGUGCCAUUUGGCCAUUAAUGCUACAUCACUGGGGCUAGAAGACUGCCGUAGACUUAGGCUAGCAUGAGUUUAAUACGUUAUCAGCAUUCUUAAUACAGCCUUUUCUAGUUCUGAAAAUGUAUUUUGUGAAAAUAGAUGUUAUCUUUUUUUUUGCACGUCUAUAUUGCAUGAUAUCAAAAAGUAACGUGUGGAUUUUAAAAAAAAAACAAGAAAUGAAAAUCAUACAAAAAAAAGAGAGAAAACAUUAGGCAGUGUGCGUUAAUUUUAAGGACAAAUUCUUGCAUGCUAACACUAAGAGCAUUGGAGUUUCAUUUUACACACACUGACCUGUCUUUUAUUUCUGCGAAGACUUAACUGAGAAGUUUUGUUGUCCAUCUGUAGGAACCAGAAUCAUUCAUACAUAAUCAUUUUGCAUUUCUUUUUGUUUGCAAUUUUGAAAUACAACGAUAUUUUAACAGAAAAAUGUCCAGAUGUGGUUGUGUUUAUAAGAUAGCAAAAGCAACCUAAUUAAAAUUGGGUUUAAAACUAUUUUUUCUCACUAAAACUGAGGUCUUGUCUUUGAAUGUACUCACCACUGCAUAACUUUGCAUAUCACUUUCAAUCAUGACUUUUAAAGCAUGAUGUGUUUUUUGUAUAUUGUGUGCCAAUACUAACAUCUUUUAGGCUACAUUACGCCCAGUGCUUUCUUCAGUUUUUGCCACAUUAUAACUCACAUUAUGCUCGAGCCCAUGAUUUUGAUGAUACGCACUUUAUAAACAUUUUCGCCCUAAAUUCUAACUGACAGUGAAUGAGUUGUGUCACCUGAGCCCUCUGUCUCUGCUGUUCAGAUUUUGUCACUUCCAAACCCAAAAACUAUUCUGCUAUGUGAAUGUUUUAUAUGACAGGCUGGCCGCUAAUCUCCAUUAGUGAAUGAUAAAUGAUCAAUAAAUGAUGAGCAUUUUGGGUUUAUUUGCAAGGUGCGACAAAGACAAUGCCACAAUUUUACUUGGAACAUAAAAAUGUUCUAAUUAUGUAUUCCUCAAAUUCCACAAAUUUUUAGAAAUUGGAUAUGCACCUUAUUGAUUUUUUGAAAAAAGAAGGGAAGUGUUCCAAAAAGUGCAAAACUUCUCUAUUAGGUCAAUACCAGUAUAUAUAAAACCAUUACAAUGGAUCCAGCCAUGCUUUGAAUAAGACUUUUUGUGGAGCAUGACUGGGGUUUUCUGUCUUCAUGCUUUUAACAGCUAUGUGCGGACAUGUUGUGGCAUUUCUUUGUCGGUGCUCUUGCACAAACGAAGCUCAUGUUUUGUUUCAUGUUACUAAGUUUUGCGGCUUUGUCACAUGCAGUAAAGAAUAAUGCAAAUUUUAUGGUUCAUUCGAUGUUGAGAAGGUCAUUGCUUUUAAUGCGGGCAUAUUGCUAGAGCAUUGCACUUUUCCAACUCCAGUCUGGCCCCACCUGACCCUCUAAACAAGCCCUGGGGUCACUCUUACGCUUGUAACCAUCAAAGCACCAGCAACGUUAGAACACAUUUGUCAUAUCACUGUUCUUUUCUCUCUUUUUAAUUUACCUGUUUUUGUUUGUAUGACACUCUCUAACCUAGACCAAGUAUAACAAAAAUGUCAUUCAUAUGUAUCCUGUUUACUCUCCCUUUCCCCCUUUUGCACUUUUCACUGCCCCCUUAUUUCCAACCACUACCCACACUUCUGCCGAACCUCUCCCUCACACCCUCCCAGACUUUCUCCUGAGUGCCAAAUGACAACAGUACCAUUCCAAACGUUUUGAGUUCUCUUGUAUGUUGGACAUCCAUCGGACGCACCCAUGAAGCCAGCAUGUUACUCCAUAACAUGAUGUCAGUCAUGACGCCUCAGCAUUACCCCCCCAAAAAAAAAAAAAAAAAAAAGCGAGAUCUGGAAUAACACGGUAAAAGGCUGGCUACCUCUCAUAAACUGCUUUUCCUAAUUCUCUGCCAUCUCUUCAACCUCCAGGACAUCACUGAUUGUGUGCCAUAAUGUUGGGAGCACUUGUCACUCUCUUCACCCCAAGUCUCUCCAUUUGAGUUUUUUUCGAUGGGAAGCAUUAAAACAACAACAAAAAAAAUUUCAUUUCAAUGACAGCUUUUUUUCCUUUAACGUAGAAACAUGUUCAGAAAAAAAAGCUGAGGAGUGUAAACGUCAGCUGUGCAGCCAUCUUCUGUCUUCUGAACUUUGAACUUUUCACCCCUCAUGAACUUUAUUGACCUUCUUCCUUCCCUUCUGUGUUCAUCAACUGUUUGGACUUAAAAUCUCCAUUCCAUCACCAAACCUUUUAGAGACUGUGCAAUUAUAGUUGAUAUGAUUGGAUUUCUUUCUUUUUUUUUUUCUUUCGUUAAACUCAUCAUUGGGGACAAUUCUCAGAGAUAAAGAAUAAAAGCAAAAGAAAAACAAAACAAAAAAAAUUAAAAAAAAAAAAAAAAAAAGAUCCCAAUUGCUUCUCCACAACUUAAUUUUCUCUUUUCAUUGUAAAUAUUUUUGUCAGAAUUUGUCAAACUGUAACCAGAAGAGCAUUCAUUAGAAUGGGGCUGGCAGCAUAAAAUCAGUUUUGUGGAGUGCUUUAAGUGAAAUAGGAUAGACUUAAAGAUCAAUUAGUUUGAUAUUAAUAAAGCAACAUCUAUAAUUCUCAUUGUAAAAGGGACAGUUUACAUAGAAUAUCAAAAGAUUUCCAAAAAUGUACACAGGUGCAAAAAAAUUUUUAUUACCGAUUUUAAUCAUUAACCAUAACAGCUGCUUUGAAAGAGUUAAUUUAAUCAUUUAAAAACAGUUUUCCCGUCCAUUUAACUGUCACAUUCUUGCUAAGAUUCAAGCUUCACUUGUGUAUCACAUCAAGCUAGCUUUGUGGUUUUAUCAUCUAUAAAAUCUGCUUUGCAUAUCAGUUUCAUAUCAAAUACUGUUCACACCGAAAUCCAUAUCAAAAACAUUUCUCGCAUUUUUAAACUCAUAGUCAACAUGUUUUUUGCUAACUUGCUAAUUUUACUGCACACAAAAUGAGCAGGUUUUCCUUCUGAAUUGAUACUAGUGUUACAUAUCAGAGCUCAGUGUACGUAUCAGCUGUGUUGAGUGUAAACUGUGUCCAUUAGACGUGUUUGAUAGGAGCAUGAUUCUCACGUGUCCCGUUUCCCUGCAGGGAAGAAAGAUCAACCAUUUCCAUGAGUCAUAACCGAGCUUUGCGCUCCACAUCUAAUGUUUCUAUGCUGCCAGCUUUCUUUUCUGAUAACCCUUCAUGAACUUAUUUAUUUUCAAACUACUCUACAUAAUUAAUAAAUGACAACAACUAGAAAAAGGGGAAUGACUGGAAAGAUGAAUUACUGUUUUGUUCUUAGUAUUUUAGUGGUUUAUUUUAACACCAUUCAUUAACUGACUUAAAAAAAAGUAUUGGAUAUUUAAUGUAACUGUAGCAUUGUGUUUGUAAAAUAGUGAGUUGUGUUUCUUGACUUGUGGUUUUCCAGUGAAGUCAGCGAUUUAGUGCUAAUAUAUAUUAAGUCGUUUUUUAAGAUUUUUUUUUUCCGACAGCAACAACAGUCAUUAUAAAUGUUCAUUUUAGCAUCACCUGUCUUCUGUUGUCUUAUUCUUCACCUUCCACUACACUCAAACUCAUCAAGUAACACAUUGCAAGUUUGUGCCUGAAACCAUGUGCUCGGUCUUAGAGGGGUCAUGAUGCAUGAUUGUGUGUGGGUGUGUGUGUGUGUGUGUGGGUGUGGGUGUGUGUGUGUGUGUGUGUGUGUGUGUGAGAGAGAGAGAGAGAGAGAGAGAGAGAGAGAGAGAGAGAGAGAGAGAGAGAGAGAGUCGAUGAGACUGACAGGCUUGGAUGGAUGGAUGUUCUGUGCUCUGUUCACAAAAGCUAAAAUCUGUAGGGUUUCCAUUUACUAAUGGAACCUGCUGAUGUAAUAGCUGAAACCCAUCCUGUGAGCCUAGUUGAUUUUGAUCGUCCAUAACCUCCCGUUUCCCGACCACUCUCCACCACUACCUUCUCCCCUCCAAGUCAUUCCCUGCCACACACUCCACACCAUGUGAUGUUCUCAUUAAUAACAUAUUACUCGACCAAAUCCACCUUAACACUGUUCCCAUGAGGAGGUGGUUGCCAGUCAACCUUCCUCCCUUAAUCAUUCCCCAUUCUUUAUCGGCUGCCGAGGCCAGGUUAAACCUGAUAAUUUUAAAACGAAAAAAAAAAGGAAAAGAAGAAAAGUCAUUAAAAAAAGAAAGUAAAAUCCAGAGCAGUGAUUCUCAGGGUGUCUACGUUGAUCUACCUUAUUUUGUGAUUUGACAGAAUCACAAUCCAGCUCUCCCUCAUGCUGUCUAAGGAGCCCAAAGACAAUUAAAAUGUAUGAUUGCUUAUUAAGUCUCUGAGUGAUAAGAAGGAUUAUGCACCCGUCUAACAGAAAAAAGCAAAAUGCUGUAAUGUUUACAACCUUACCAAGACCAACGCUGUUGAAAGAAUUAAAUAAAUUAAAAGCAGUUCUAUAAAAAUGAACACAUUUUUUUUUCUAAAUGACAGUUUUAAAUGAUUAUUUCUUUGUGACAUGAAGUAAUGUGAUAAAGACACGUUUUUAAACAUAGCAUGUUACUAUUUUUUUUUUUGCAAUGUCAGAUUUUUUUUUUAAUGUUAGAAUGGAUGGUACAGUGUAAAGUUAGAGCUACAUUUAGUUGCUAAUAAUAAAAUCCAUUGGUGUCAGUGUUUGUCACCUACUGUAAUUUGAAGAAAGGUACUGGAUGAACAUCUGAAAAUGUGAUUGCUAUUGUGCAGCUUUUGUUCAUACAGUAUUUGUACAUGGUGAAGAUGAAAAUAAACACUAUAAUAUUAUUAUAAGGGAAACAUGAAGAAAUUGUUAAGCUAGGGUGCAUAAGGGACUACCAGUCCUGUACUAAAUCUCAACGAGAGGUAAGUUAAUUUCUGAGAAAAUCUGCAUGAGGUUAAAUGUGGUAUUGGAAAUAAAUUGGAAGAAAUAGGAAGAACAAAAAAAUGAACAAUUUGGAUAAUUAGCAUCAGGUGUAGUGCAUAGACAAUGGUCUUUAUGAAUGGGUGAAAUUGAGGACUAGGUUGAGUUGUGAUGUCUAAGACCUUAAGUUAACAUAAUGCACGUUGUGCCUGUUUGCUUCCUAAACCAACUUCACUAUACUCAUUACUAACUGUUCGGUUCCCUAAUUUUUGGUCAAAUAUAUAGAGUACUUGGAUUCAAAUUGAGAAGGUAAAUACUGUUUAAGAACAAUAAUGUAUGUGGUUCUCCUGCUCAUUUCCAUCCACUCGCACUUCUUGUCCACCAAUCCAUCCUGUCAGUAAAAGCCACCAUCACUUUCCUGACAUGUCUCCCAAGCCAACAUGCAGUUUUAUUGCUCUGAUAGCCAUCACUCAGUGACCUUAUCCCAUGUCCACAUGUUGGUUUCUGACACACUGAUCUGAAGUGGAGACUCCAGGGAAAUUCAUGUCAUGACGUAAAAUCUGUCUCACAAAACUAAUCAUGAAGUAAAGAAGUAUCUCCGGUGUUCAGAGAAGGGCUCCCGAAGGUUUUUUCAUAGGUUUAAGCAAACAGUGUCUAGUCUUCCUUUUACAGAGGUGUAUGAUUACUAUAUAACAUUUUUGGUAAAUUAGUAUGCAUUCCUAGAUCACUUUUUGGGAGCUUUAGCUGGUAGCAGAAGUUGUAAAAUAGAGAACAAUUAAACAUGGUACAUCUAAUAUAUGUUACAAGGUAUAACAAAGUACAACAAUACCAGAGGGUCUACAAUCAUUUCAAAAUGAUUUCAAAGUCCAGUAACACAACCAAGGUCAAGGUUUCUUUAACAUAUAGAAUAAUUAGGUGUUAAGUAUCUACCUGCUAAGAUUAGAGAGCUAAACUGAGGCAGGUUUGAGCUCCAAUGUUUCCGUUCUUACUAAUUGUGCACCUUUUUCUAGCCUGAGGCCACAUUGAUUUCCCUUCUCCUACUCGGCUUUUCCCUUUCUUCUCAUUCUUCAUCUGAGAACGUCUGGGCCCAGCUGUUGCACAGAACCUAGCUUUCUCACUGCCCUCCCCUGUUGUGAACGAAGACAUGAUUAUGCUCUCAGCCUUCAUAAAUCCCCAGUUCUGGAAAUCAGGCCUGUGGAACAUGUACAAAGAUCUCCUGUCUCUAAUCCAGCACUUUAUCAGAGCGCAUUUUCACAGAAGCUCUUUUUUCACCUCGUGUUCCUCAGUUAACCUCAGAUGUAUAAAUAUGUUCAGUAAUUUCAUCACCAAAGUAGUCAUAAUAGUAAUAAAAACAAUAAAAUGGUACAAAGAAAUGAUAAUGAUUUAAAAAAAAAGAAAGAAAGAUAAAUGAAUGUAGUAAAAAUGGCCCUUCAGAAAUUGUGAGCACUUCAAAAUAGACUAAGAAUGUUUCAUAACACAAUUUGUGGAUUUACAGAAUCUAUUUUAAAAUCAUCCUCAGGUUUAACUUGAAGUGUAAUUUCUUACAAAUAUGUUUGUAGGUGUGUGCAAUGAAAAGCAUUGAGGUGCUGUGCAAAAUCAAAUACUGUAAAUAUUAAAAUCAAUGCACUUAAUUCAAUUAGAAACGAUUACAGGAACAACUAAAUUGCACAAUAAACAUGGGAAAUCUCAAUUUAUGAACUUGUCUGAUUGACCAAAAAGGUGCACGAAUGCUAUUUCUAGCAUUUUACAUUAUAUAGCACUAAAGAUUUUUUCUUGUAGCUCACCUGGUUUGCAGAUCACUAAGAGAUCACUGAGUGCUUCAAUGUCAUUAAUCGUGUUAUUUAUGUACAAUGAAGCACUUAAUGAUCUCUUAGUGUUCUAAGAUCUCUUAGUGAUCUGAACUGGUUACUGAUGGUUAUAGGUUACUGUCUAUCUAUAAAACUUGAAAGGGCCUUGAUUAAUUGAUUGGCAAUACGAGUACAGAUUACACAAGCUACAGUUUUAAACAUGCAGCAUAAUGUUUAUUAAAUGAAAAUAGAGUAUGGCAUCUCAACAUGAAGAGGUCUUUAUCUAAAGCAGUACCAAUAAAACUGUGAUCACCGCUACUGUAGAAUACUGACGACUCUCUGCAAUUAUAUACGUUUCAUUUAACUGCUGUUCUUGAAUAAUACUUGAUUUUUUUUAGCAAUUUGAACACUGUCCCAAAUCUUCAACUGGGAAAAGAAAUGGCCACCGGCUUCCAAGAUUCCGAGCAUCAUUCCCAACAAAGAUUCAUCACUAUGAGUAACAUAUUUUUACUAUUAAAUAGUCAUCAACAAUUGGUAUGCAGUCUAGAUCAUUUCUUAAACUCUACAUUUAAACAACCAAAGUGAACUUUUGUGCCACGGAUGAGCAGCUGGUCUGGCGCACUCACAGCAUAUACAAGUAAGGAGAUCCUGAAUGGCCUAGAUUUUUAUUUCAUUUAAUUCCAACACAUGCUACUGUUAGACAGCCAUUUGUUAGUAAGUGAUAUAGAUUGUAUAAAUCUACCAUUUUGAACACAAAUCUGAGGAAUAUGGCUAUUUGUUUCUAAAUGACCAAAACAGCUGUUUAUCUAUAUUCAUUAAGCUGAUUUAAAACAAUAAUCCAGUUUCCUUAAUAACAGGUAAACAUUGAAAGUGGUUGUAAUAGUUUUAUAUGUUUUUGAGUUUCCUGCUGUUGUAAUAUUUCUAACAAAUGAAGCUGACAAAGUAUACGUGUUUAUUUAGUGGAAAAAACUACUUUUAAAAAUUUAAGAAAGUUUUAUGCUAUGUACAUAAGAAAGACUAUACAAUAAAUUAAUUACAUUUGGAAAUUGCAAUGCAAAACUGUGAUUUUAAAGCACUGUAGCGUGUACAGUGAUUUCUUUUAUCAAUUUUAUGGUACUGAUAUGUUCUGCAUUACUGCAGUUGUUUUUUUUUUCUGUUCUUGAACAAAUGCUUUAAUAAAUGCAUUUUUACAGCA